AUGAAAGGUGAUAUUGGAAUUUUCCUGGAACUGAUUGAGGGCAAGAUCAUAGUGAAGUCUGCGUCUUCAAUCUCGCACUAUGGAAUUCGCAUCGCGGUUGAUGGAUCUGUCAACUUGCAGGUUCGGGGAGGGACGGCCGGAGUUAUAGAGACUUUGGUUGGUGCUGCCAAGCCUAUUUCGAUUCUGAACAAAAUUGUUGAGCUUAGACCUGCUGGAAAGAUUGCUUCAGGCAUAACCGAGAUACCGUUUUCUAUGCAUAUCAGGCAACCAAGAGAAGAUAACCUCGAUAAGUUCUAUGAGACAUUCCAUGGAGGAAAUAUUAACAUUCAGUAUUUAGUGACUGUAGAUAUAUCGAGAGGAUACCUGUACAAGUCAUUAUCUACAACAAUGGAGUUCAUAGUUGAGAGUGAUAAAGCUGAUGUAAUUGAGCGACCAGUUUCUCCGGAGAUGGUUGUCUUUUACAUUACUCAGGAUACCCAAAGACAUCCGCUACUUCCUCAACUGAAAUCAGGAACUGAUUACUUUUCCAUUUCUACCUAUGAUGAAGCUAUUCCGGCUCAUAUUGCUUUUCUAAAGGGAAGGAGCUGGGGAACUGGCAAAGGCAUUUGGUGCUUAUGGGAUAAUGAGGUCUAA